AUGAAAGGAGAAGAUAUGAAGGAUAUGCUGCUGAUGAUGAAAAACUGGAAACUUUACGAAAACCCAUUUUAUUAUUCUAAUCAUCAACAACUACAGUGCCAAAGUAGCAAGCACCUUCAUCAUCAACUGAUACCAGUAAUGGAUUCCGAAUUGGGUAUUGCUCGAGCCCAGAUCAUCGACUUGAAAGCUGAGGUGGAGUACGAACGUAAAGCACGUAAAAAGGUGGAGUCUCUCAAUAAGAAACUGGGUAAAGAAGUAGCUGAAGAACGAAGGGGGAAAGAAGCAUUGGAGAGUGUGUGUGAAAAGCUUGCUAGAGAAAUCACUUCAAAGAAAUCAGAGAUGGAUCGAAUGAAAAGAGAGUUCGAGGAGGAAAGAAAGAUGCUAAAGAUAGCUGAAGUUUUAAGGGAAGAAAGAGUUCAAAUGAAGCUGGCCGAGGCCAAGAUUUUGUUCCACGAGAAGUUAAAAGAAUUGGAGGAAACUAAACGCAAACAAUCUGAUAUUGAAAAUAAUAGCAAAGCUGUUUCCGAUUCAAGAGAGUCAACGAGAUUUGCAUCGAGUGAACAACCAUCAUCAUGUUACCAAAAUAUAAACGAAUUUCCAAAAGUGGUUCGAGCAAUUGGAUCAAAGAGUAGGCGUUGGGGUUCAAAGCUGGAGUGCCAAAAAGCACAGUUAAGGAUUAAUCUAUCCCCAUCCAAGUAA